AUGGAUGUCUGUGUUAAAAUUAUAAAGAAUAACAAGGACUUUUUUGAUCAAAGUCUUGAUGAGAUCAAGCUUCUCAAGUAUGUCAAUAAGCACGAUCCCGCAGACAAGUAUCACCUUCUUCGAUUAUAUGAUUAUUUCUAUUAUCGAGAACAUUUGUUAAUAGUAUGUGAACUACUUAAAGCAAACUUGUAUGAGUUUCAUAAAUUUAAUAGAGAAUCAGGGGGUGAAGUUUACUUUACGAUGCCGAGAUUGCAGUCAAUUACCAUUCAGUGUUUGGAAGCACUUCAAUUUUUGCAUAGCCUUGGACUGAUACAUUGUGACUUGAAGCCAGAGAAUAUAUUGGUUAAAAGUUAUAGCAGAUGUGAGAUCAAGGUCAUUGAUCUUGGAAGUAGUUGUUUUGAGACAAACCACCUUUCUUCGUAUGUUCAGUCAAGAUCUUAUCGUGCUCCUGAAGUUAUUUUGGGACUUCCAUAUGACAAGAAGAUUGAUAUCUGGUCACUUGGCUGCAUCUUGGCAGAGCUUUGUACUGGCAAUGUUCUCUUCCAAAACGAUUCCCCGGUAACAUUACUUGCUCGUGUGGUCGGAAUAAUUGAUCCAAUUGAUCAAAGUAUGCUUGCAAAAGGACGUGAUACAUACAAGUAUUUCACGAAAAAUCAUAUGCUUUAUGAACGGAAUCAGGAAAGCAAUAGGUUAGAAUACUUGAUUCCGAAAAAGACAUCGUUGAGGCACAGAUUACCUAUGGGAGACGAAGGGUUUAUCGAAUACCAUGAAUACAUGCUGCCAUUGCCAAACCCUAGUUACAUGAACCUUGUUGUGUACCAUGCUAAGUGA